AUGUCGCUUAUUAUCCACCAGAAGGAUUCUUCGGCUAGAACCGAGCUGGCGAGGAAAAUAUUCGAGAGAUUACAAGAGACACCGACACCUUACGAAAGUUAUACUGUUGCAGUGACACAGGCUAGGAAAAAAGAAAAUGAGGAGAAACCUAGGGAGAGUAAUGAAUCGAAGAAUGUGAAUAGUACGCAAAAGAUGUACACUCAUCACGACCCGGCCACGGAACGGCCUGUGAUAUCGACUACUCCGGGUGUCAGCGAAGAAGUAAUUGAUCUUCGCGAUGAGGCUUAUGAAAAAGCGCACUUUUCCUUCGCUGAUUCACAGAUAAUGACCAAGAAAGAGCUGAAGCGAGCAAAGAAAACCGCUCGACAAAACGUAGACAUUUCAACAGAGCUGCCGCCAGAAGGUCCUUCCCAUGCUGCAAAGCGCGCAAGGAAGGAUGGCAAGGACAGUGAAGGUCCCUCAUAUACUGUGAAUCGCAUAAAGACUACUGUGGAUGCUAGCAAUGUUCGAGGUACUGGCGGUCCGUUGGGUGAACUCAGCCAAGAGUACGAGGUGCAGUUGGUGAAAUCGGAAGGAGAAGAAGAAGCAGAGAAAGGAAACAAGACAGAGGAUCGAAAGGAGCGUCGUGGUCGUUUCAGGCGGACAACAAUCCAAGCCUAA